GCCAGCCUGCACAACAUAGACCCUGUCUCUAAAAAUGAAUUAGUUAAAAAGGAUGAAGAAAGGAAGGAGGAAAGGGAGAAAGAGAAGCCCUUAUAGGCUGGGUGCUUUUCUUGUAUGUGGGGCCACUUUGUAAGAACAGGAUUUUUCAAACUGGGCCCAUACUGGUAUGUGUGAAAUCAAUUUAGUUGGUUAUGGCCAUUUUUUUAAAAAGGAAAUAUCAGUGAUCACUAUCGUGUAAGUGUAUUGUUUCGUGAAACCCAUCUUAGUUAUGUGUUAUGUCUGUAUGUGUAAGAUUGUGAUAUAAAAUGUAUUUCUUACUGUGGUUAAGUAUUCAAAGAAAUUGGAGAACCAUUGCUGCAAGGGGACAGAGGACUCCGUGUGAGCUCUCCUGCCUUCCCUGAAUAAACUUACACAAUUUAGUGCUGGGACAUUUGAACCUUUUCUGAAAAUUUGGGUCAGGGAGAGCAUCUUGGGGAGGUGGGUAGGAAGGUAGAGGGAGCAAAGCAACACUCCCCUGAAGCCUGGGAAUAUUGUCAGAACCUUAAAUAUAAUUCAGCUCACCAUUCCGGAUAAGGACAGACUCUACCAGUGAAAAUGGGUGAUUACCAGCUGUGAAACACAGAAACAUACUUUUACGGUUACACAUUCCUUUACAAACAACCGUGUACAUUUCAGCCUCCCGCUCCACCAUUUCUUUUCUCCAGGAGGGAAGACUGCAUGUCGAGGUGGUCAUAGAAUGUUGAGUAUCAUACUUUCCUACCUCGCUUUUAUUUGCGCGGUUUUAAAUGCGCCUUAACAGAACCCAUGCAAAGGCUUGCCAACUGGCUGGCUGCGCCGGAUGAGUAGAGCAUCUUCCCUGGUGGCAGGUGGGUGCGAGGAGGAGGGGGCUGGGCUUUUCUCCGGACGGGUGUUUGCCCAGAAGACCCUCAUCAUUGGACUACGUCAGGAGGAAGUGGCACCGCUCAGAGGUAGGGGAAGAAGGGUUAUAAAGGGGGGAGUCCACCAUACAUGGUCUUGAAGAAGCUUUUAUAAAAGGCAAAGCCAUCUUUGCCGGACGUUGUUGGAAAGGAGUAGAAACUAGCAGACGAAAACAUCCCAAAGGGUAACCAUUAGCAUUCCUGCUUCUUGCGACAUUCAUCCCAGGCUUCCAGCUCAGCCCGCCCCAGGCCAGGUGAUCGGCCGCCACAUCCCCUGCGACUGAAGCACCUGCUCCUCCAUGAGCUUGUCAAGAACUGAGCGCCUUCGCUCCACACCGCAGCGCAGCCUCCGGGACUCCGAAGGGGAAGACGGUGAAAUCGAUGUCCUGGGAGAGGAGGAAGAUGAAGUCGAGGAGGAAGACGAGGAGAAGGAGACGAGCCAGCAGUUUCUGGAGCAGUCGCCCCAGCCGGGGCUGCAGGUGGCCCUGUGGGGCGGGGGUGCCCUUCCCCAAGAGCACAUCGAGGGCGGCGGCGGCCCGAGCGGCCCCUCAGAGUUUGGCACCAAGUUCAGGGCACCGCCAAGGUCUGCGGCGGCCUCUGAAGAUGCCCGGCAGCCGGCAAAGCCCCCCUACUCGUACAUCGCGCUCAUCACCAUGGCCAUCCUGCAAAGCCCGCACAAGCGCCUCACGCUCAGCGGCAUCUGCGCCUUCAUUAGUGGCCGCUUCCCCUACUACCGCCGCAAGUUCCCCGCCUGGCAGAACAGCAUCCGCCACAACCUCUCUCUGAACGACUGCUUCGUCAAGAUCCCCCGCGAGCCGGGCCACCCAGGCAAGGGCAACUACUGGAGCCUGGACCCCGCCUCCCAGGACAUGUUCGACAAUGGCAGCUUUCUCCGGCGUAGGAAGCGUUUCAAGCGCCACCAACGGACCCCGGGAGCCCACCUGCCCCACCCCUUCCCUCUACCUGCUGCACACGCCGCCCUGCACAACCCCCACCCAGGCCCUCUGCUUGGGGCCCCUGCCCCGCCGCAGCCUGUCCCGGGGGCCUACCCCACCGCCGCCCCCGGGAGACGCCCGUACGCUCUGCUGCACCCUCAUCCUCUUCGCUACCUAGUGCUCUCGGCACCCGCCUAUGCCGGGGCACCGAAGAAAGCAGAAGGCGCGGACCUGGCGACCCCCGGCACCCUUCCCGUGCUGCAGCCCUCACUUGGUCCUCAGCCUUGGGAGGAGGGCAAGGGUCUGGCGCCGCGACCGGGAGGCGGAUGCAUCUCUUUCAGCAUUGAGAGUAUUAUGCAAGGGGUCAGGGGAGCGGGUACAGGGGCUGCGCAGAGUUUGUCCCCGACCGCCUGGAGCUACUGCCACCUGCUCCAGCGACCAUCAUGCCUGUUGCAUCCCCAGGCCGCUGCCCCUUUGCUGCACGUGUCCGCCGCCGCCGCUGCUCGGACAAUUUUGCAGCAACAGCAGCAGCAUCAGGAGGAGGACUGCGCCAGCGGCUGCGCUCCCACCAAGGGCGCGGUGCUGGGCGGGCAACUGUCGGCCGCCUCGGGGCUGCUGAGGUAUCAGGCAGCGGCAGAGGGCUCUAGGCUGACAUCGCUGGCUGCCCCUUUGGGCGGAGAGGGGACCUCACCAGCUUUUUGAGCAUCGCCCACGCCCAGUUCCCUGGCCAACUCCCCAGGGCCCUCCUAGAGCCAGGUGGGAGGGCGGAGCGACCCGCAGCUGCUCACUCCACCUUGCGCGGCCCAUACUGGGCGUGUGCAUCUGAAUCCCGCUGGAGAGCAAACACGAACUUCUGUUCGCUGCAAAAUGGUUAGAAAGAAACAGCUGGAUUACGUUCCUCUAAAAACCACCUGAACGUAACCUUCGCAGGGCGUCAAGUCGUCUUUUCUUGCCUUCGGUUGUGGCUUCUAUGGCUUUCCCGAUUUGCACAUUUCCUGGGGUACUAUGAACGUGAGUGGGGUAUUUUGUUCCGGCAUUAAAAGAAAAACAAGCAAGCAAACAAAAACACAGCCUCCGAUGCUAAACGUGUUCCCCCUUCUUCACUUCCUUGAAACUGGAAGUAUUAUUCCUAAGUCAAGUGCAAAAUGCUUCUGCUCUCUGUGUGUUCCCGAUAGGGAUGUUUAAUGUAAGUAGGAUAUGAAUUUCAGAACAUUGAUUUCUUAUCUGUGUGUCUGACGUGCCAUCUUUAUUGUUAAAAUUAAGAUGUUAAAAUUAAGCCUAGUUAUAUAGACGAAAUAAAAUGCUAAGUCACUACACUA